CAAGCUUUAUAGGAGAAUCAUUUUUAGCAAGUCUUCACUGUCGUGGGAGAAGUGGUCUAAGCCAUAGUCUAGAACCACUCCAACCUUUUUCAUCAGCCUGUUUUCGUUUUAGAUUCUCACGACAGUGAUUUAUAGAUAAGUUUUAAAAAAACACUUAAAAUGAAGCUCUCUCCUGUCUGGAACAACUAUGCGUAUUUGAAGAAUCCGCAGACUUUUCAACAAGUUGCAGUUCAAAAUGCCCUUGACGAGGCUGAAGAGAGGAGCACAAGGGGCCACUCCGUUCUGCGCAGAGGGACGUUCGGUGCCUACCCUAGACGUGUGUACAGCGACGCCUUUGCCCCUGAGUAUAUACCACGCAGGCUUGGAUACGAGAGCACAUCAGAGGAGUACGCUCUUGGCAGUGCCGUCACUAACGCCACAUCAUAUUCUGACGCUUCCCUGUACGACACUUACGACACUGCCAACAGGUCACGAGGGCGGGACCAGACUCUUCUGCAAAACGCCACAGCAGCCAUCCCCCCGUCGACAAACUCGCCGCUGAUGGCCUCGCCUAGCCGGACAGCCAGCGCCCUUCCCGGGAGGCGUUUUCUAUCACGACCUAUCACUCGUUCCUUCUCCCCCGACAUUGAUGACACGCCGGUGUCAUCCAGUAAGACAAGUUACUCACUCCCCACCUCACACCUUCAAGCCAGCGCACCUCCUCGACCAAAUGUAACUCCCACCGUCAGUAAAUACGCCAGGAACAGUAGUUUAGGCAACACCGCCAGUAGGAUAGCCUCUCUCAAAAGCACUUAUGAUAGCAGUUCUUCCGGUGUGUUGCCAGACAGUUCAUCCACUCGGCUUCUAGGAGGGUACAUUCCUCGCACUUUGUACCGUUCUGGAUCUCCCUUAGGUAGUGGGACGACGACUCCCCUUUAUCAAUCGCCAUAUCUAGGCUCGAAGAGGCCUACCUACAAAUUAGCAUUUGAUAGUGGAUCUACCACUCCCACAUACAGACCAUCAGCAUAUACAGAGACCACAAAGCUGCUCGGAGGGUAUGUGUCACCCAGAUUUGCCUACAGGACAGUCAGUGUGUCGCCAUAUGCUAGUGGCACACAGUCUCCCGUGUACCCGUCCUACAGUUCCCGACCUGGAACACGGCUACUAAGUGGGUACAUCCCUUCCAGACGCCUGACAUUGUCGCCAUCAGUGUCACCGUAUGCUAGCGGCACGCAGACCCCCGUCACAUACACAGCUGGGACCCCUCUGACUACAUAUGACAAUUAUUAUGUGAAUGAACCUGAUUACCCAGAACUGACCACCACGAGACGUCGGCCAAAGGUCUUGGGGACCAAGAUACGAGUUGGUAACUAUAUGGACAGACUUAGAAGAAAGCGGGCAGGGCAAAGGGGAUCAUCAAAGUACUGGCCUUACUAUGACGUAGACGACAUCACGUCAGAGGCAGGGGAUGUCCUCAGUGAGACGGAAUCUAUACCAGAUUACUAUGGUACAGCCAAUGCUACCCACUGGGACGAUGAAGAAGCUGCUGGGGGAAGGUACAUAAGUUACCUGGAUAAUGGGGAUGACAGUUACAUGGACGAGCCUGAUGAGUAUGUACCCUUCAAACCGAGAAGAAGGCUUGAAUCUCCCGGAGUUCUAGAACUAGCCCCCUAUGAGAACACCCCUCCUGCACCAGAGCUCCCACUUGUAUCCACACUCCCAUAUCUUCCCAAAAUCAGCUCAGAUAUUGGUUCAAAGGGAAGUGAUUUGUAUUUGAAUUCCAUUGUGUCAUCAUCCGCUGCUCGUGCAAGGACCGCUUUCAAAAACAAUGGCUUUGGCAACUAUGAUAAUGCUAGCUUAGUGCUAAGCGUGGAAGGAGAUGUGGUGUCCCCCAAUACCGGCGGCCGAUAUGGAUUUAAAUACUACCACCCACCAGUCCCACUUGUAGGCAGAGGAUUGGGAACAAGCGUACUUGGCCUUCCCUCGCCAAGUUCCUCGAUAGUGGACAGUUUCUUUGGGACCUAUGUGAACAAGCUGCGAGAUAUUCGUGCCGAUUUCCGCAGCAGACUUGAUAGUAGGGUUUCACCUAGAACGGUACCAUCUGCAUACAGAGAGAUUGGAACUUACACUCCUAGCAAGCCGACAGAUAACUUCCUCCCGUACACAUCCUUCAGAAAACGCCUUCAGGGGGGCACAACACAACGUGUUGACGUCAUUGAGCUUCCUGUCAGCGAGCGUGUGUUGCCCUCGGAGACGCUGUCUCUCACUUUACCUGAAACGGCAUCUGCGAAUGACAAGGACAAACGUGACAGUUAUAAGCUUACUGUUCUUGAUAAGAUCAAAAUCAAGGCGGCAAUUGUUGCAAGCAAAGUUGAAGUUGAGCCCAGGAGGAAAAGGCCACGUUCUAAGUUCGCCGCAGACAAAUUGCGAACCACUCGUGCAAGAGGCGAGUUACCUCAAUUAGAACUGAGGGAAAGUCCAAACAAACUGGAUCAAAGUUUAGAUCUCCCUCAAUUGAGACGGUCGUUGUUUCUGCAGGAAAGUGUGUACCCCCAGGUGACCUCUGGACUCUCCGCCUCUAGACCACCACUGAGAUACGAUGACCUAUCAGGGGCGCGCACCCCGAGGGCAAUGCCCCUCCCAUCAGACAGGCGGGCUAUUCGAGAUGUGGAGGGAUUCACCAAACCUAGGAACCUUCUGUCGUGGCAGUACCGUCUGGAGUCCCGUAUGGACCCCGCUGACCUUAUCUACAAACCAGGAUCGUUCUCGCGCAUGCGAGAGCAGGUACGUGACGCCCAUGACAAGAUGGACCGCCACCGUCAACUGCUUGACCGCUACUUGACCGACAGUGGCCCAACCCGAGACAUACAGGGAAGCGUUCAGCGUAAGAUGGAGGAGCUGGAGCGUCGUGACCCUUCUUACAGGGGCCCGGUGAGUGUCAGCAGCGAUCGCCUGUCGGUAUACAAACCCCCUCCCCGUGUGGUCAGCCAAUACGGUAUGCCCCCAAAACAGCCCGUCUCCGAACUGAGGAGGAGAUUGAGGCGCACAGUGUGUAGGAGCAGAGGCGAGCCCAACUAUUACAGAGACCGGGAGUAAAGUCGCGUGCAACACGUGUCUAGUCCCCUCGGGAGGAAGAAGUAUUAGAGUGAAGUAGGGCAUCCCAGUCAAGUCGGUGUCUGGUCCUGGAGUAUGCCAGACGACGUUACAAUCAUUGAAGCAUCGAUUGGAGAUUUUGUACAUUUUGUUUCGAUUAGAAAAGCUUUUCUUCCGGUUUUGGUACAGAUAUUUUAACUAUCCCACGUUACGGCGUAUGCUUCAUGGUGACUUUGUUGAACGCGUCUCACUCUGCGCUCGCAUUUCAGCAUCUUUUGCUGAAACAGUGUCUUACGCUGAAACAGAAUCUUAUGCUGAAACAGUAUAAAAUGAGGCCAUAAAGCGCGCACUUACUGUAUAUGUGUAUGUCCAAACUGUUGACAAAAUUAAGGGAUAUUUCAUAUUUGUUAUUUAUUUGCAUAUAUUUAUUUAAAGGCUAAUUUAAGGCAUUUGGUUGUUAUAACAAGUGUUAUAUUCGCAACAGCUUGGCAUAAAAAAGGGUUUGGAAAUCAACCGAGGGAAGAAACCGAUUCACGUGUGAUUUAAUAUUCCUCACUGCCAUUACGAUUUUUACCCCGAUAUAUUUUCUUCCAUUGUACAUAAAUUGAUAUAUACCAUUAAUUAGUAACAGCUCAGAAUAACUACCCAAAGGAAAGACAAACGACAACGGCCACACCGGAAUAUACUUCUUCAUUGAGGGUUCAUUUUGCAAGUCUGGAAAUCUAAAUCGCUGUGAACUGGCUCCAGUUUAUAUGGAGGCCCAAACUGGUUUCACAAAAACUUCAAACUGCCUCACAAACCAGUUUCGGUUCGAGUGUGGCCACGCCUGAUAUUUGGCAAAGUGACGGGAGAAAACGUGCUGAAAAGACUGAAAAGCGUUUACUAAAAAGUGUUAAAGAAAAUUUGAAAAUAUUUACUUCAGAUUUUCAAGUCCUUUCAUUGCUGUACAGAACGGACUAUGAGGCUUUAAGAGCGGUGUGUUGUUCUGUGUGUUAAAGUAUAUAUGGUCCCUCUAGCGCCAUUGUUGAAACAGCUCUUGUAAUUAAAGACUUCAUUAAACUACCCGC